AUGACGGAAAAGACCCUUGGCUUAGCAGGGCUGGAUGACAGGAUCGAGGCAGGUGCUCAGAGUCCCCCUGCGACGACACCUCAAGCUGCAUCAGCACGCUCUUCCGAUCUCGACGACAGUUGGGACGUCUACCAUCAGAAUGCUGACCAGGAGGUCGUUCCGGCCGAAGCAAAGCGCGUCUUGCGGAAAAUCGACUUCCGCGUUGUUCCUAUUUUAAUUCUGAUAUACUUUCUGCAGUAUAUCGACAAGAACGGAAUCAACUAUGCCUCAGUCUAUGGGCUUCGGGAGGGUACGAACCUACAGGGACAGGAUUUCAGUUGGUUGGGCAGCAUCUUCUACUUUGGGUACCUGGCAUCUCAAUUCCCCGCCGGCUAUAUCAUCCAGCGCCUUCCGCUCGGCAAGGUUGUCGGUACCACAACGAUAAUAUGGGGCAUCAUCCUCAUAACGACUCCGGCAUGUACCAAUUUCGCCGGGAUCGCAGCCAAUAGAUUCCUCCUCGGCUUCUUCGAGGCUGUAGUCAAUCCUGCGUUCGUACUAAUAAUGUCGAUUUGGUAUCGAAGCGCCGAGCAGCCAUUGAGACUUGAAGCAUAUUAUUGCACCAAUGGAAUCGCAACUAUGUUUGGCGGCCUUAUUGGCUAUGCUGUUGGGCAUAUAACCACCGGUCUACCUCGCUGGAUGUACAUCUUCCUGAUCCUAGGAUCACUGUCGAUCGCGGCUGGUAUAAUCGCCCUUAUCUUCCUGCCUGACCUCCCCUCGACCGCCAAGUUCCUCACUGCACCGGAACGCGCCAUUGCCGUUAACCGCGUCGCUGCGAACCGUCAGGGCAUCAAGAACCACCACUUCAAGCGCUACCAGUUGUGGCAAACUUUCCGCGACCCCAAAACAUGGAUUCUCUUCAUCAUGGCGACGGGUGCGCAGGUCCCGAACUCUGCUCUGACCAGCUUCGCGAGCAUCAUCGUCAAGAGCUUCGGUUUUGGGACUCUUGGUUCUCAGUACCUUCAGAUACCAGGCGGAGCUGUGCAAUUUUUGGCCUUGUUGACGGGUGGAUUCAUCUGCACACACUACAAAAAUGUCAGAUUUAUAACGAUGAUCGUGGCGAACAGCAUUUGCAUCCUAGGCGCCGGGCUCCUGGUGGGAUUGCCGGAUUCCAACAGGUGGGGCAGACUGGUGGCGCUGUGGUUGUGCUACUUCCAGGGACUAGGAUUUAGCAUGAGUCUGACGAUCGUGAGCUCGAAUGUUGCUGGAUACACAAAGAAGCAACUCACCGCCGCUAUCCUGUUCACCGGCUACUGCGUUGGCAAUAUCAUCGGUCCACAAACAUUCAAGGACUCGGAGGCACCACGGUAUCACUCUGCAUAUAUCGCUAUGCUUAUCGGUUAUGUGGUCAAGCUUGUCGCGAUCACGGUCUUGUACGUAUACAUGUACUUGGCCAACAAGAAGCGCGACCGCGAGCAAGAAGUUACAGGAGAUGGUGGCGAGCACCUGCAAACAGAACGUGAUGCGAAGGUGCGGAGGGAGGGCAUCGAGGGAGGCAUGCUUGACAUGACGGAGCUUGACAACAAGGCUUUCAGAUACGUGCUGUAG